CUAAAAUAAAUAAAUAUGUCAAAGAGAUUUGAGAUUCAUCAAGAGAAUAAUGAAGGAAGUGGCGGCAAGAGUAGUAAUGAUAAUGAGGGUGAGGAAAAUUCAUUUGACAUGAAUGAAGGAGCGGCUAUAAGUGAUGAUGAGGAAUUGGAAGAAGAGAAUAAUAAUGAAGCAAAGGAGGAGGAGGAGGAUAACAAUGAAGAAGGGAAUUCAGCAAACCCAAGCAGCAGCAGCACAGCAUCAAGAGAAGGGAAGAGAGGGAGUGGUGUGAGACAAUAUGUGAGAUCAAAGAUGCUAAGGCUUCGUUGGACUCCUAAUCUUCAUCUCUCCUUUGUCCAUGCUGUUCAGAGGCUUGGAGGUCAAGAAAGUUCCUUAUAUUACAAUUGCUUUGACGGAUUCUAAACUUGGUGCGGAAGGGGCGUAAAGAACUUUUUGAUUGGUUAUCUAGGCAACUUUCUGUGCAAAGCAGUUUUGCUGAAGCUGCACAACUUCUGAAGCCAGCCUCUGCUGCAAUGACAGUAAGUUUUGGACAUUCAUGGACCAAUUCUAGCUUUAGUUCUUGAGAAGUUGAAACCAUAUGGAGGCCUUCAAGAAUCAUUUGAGUCUGCUAAGGCAGUUUCAGUGGGCGCAUCCAAAGGUGUUCAAAGGCUGGGAAAUUAAC